AUGACAGAAAGAACCACCGAAAACUUGCCCUGGGUCGAGAAGUACCGCCCUACCACUCUAGAAGAUGUUUAUGGCCAGCUGGAUAUUGUAUCCACCGUGAAGCGCUUUGUGCACGAGGGCCGCUUGCCACACCUUUUGUUCUACGGACCGCCAGGGACUGGGAAAACAUCCACGAUUAUCGCGUUGGCACGUGAGAUCUACGGUGCAAACUACAAGUCGAUGGUUUUGGAGUUGAACGCGUCGGACGAUAGAGGGAUUGACGUGGUGCGGAACCAAAUCAAGAACUUUGCGUCUACCAGACAGAUCUUCAGCCAGGGAUUCAAGCUCAUUAUCUUGGACGAAGCAGAUGCAAUGACGUCGGUGGCACAAAAUGCAUUGAGACGCAUCAUUGAGAAGUACACGAAAAACACGCGUUUUUGUAUUUUAGCAAACUACGCGCAUAAGUUGAAUCCCGCGUUGUUGUCGCGGUGCACGCGCUUCCGGUUUUCACCACUCUCAGAAGACGCGAUCCACGAGCGUGUCAAAAACGUCGUGAUUCGCGAGCAUUUAAGCAUUCAGGACGACGCAUUGCACGCGUUGCUUAAGCUUUCUAAAGGAGAUAUGCGUAAAGCAUUGAACGUGUUGCAGGCGUGCAAGGCCGCAUCCCUGUCGUUGGACUCUAAUGAGAAGGAUGAAGAGAUCACCGCGGAGAUGAUCUACGAGUGCAUUGGUGCACCGCAUCCGCAGGACAUUGAAACGGUUUUGUCGUCGAUUAUGAAGGACGACUGGUCUACCGCGUACAUGAUUUUGACCAAGAUUAAACAGAUGAAGGGGUUGGCACUUGUUGAUUUGCUUCAGGGUUUUGUGGAGCUCUUGGAUGGUGUGGAAUUGCAGCCCAAGACCAGGAUCGGAAUUUUGAAGGGUUUGGCCGAGAUCGAGUACGGGAUUUCCAAGGGAGGCGACGAGAAGAUUCAGAGCACCGCAGUGAUUGGUGUGGUGAAGAGUUCCAUGGAGAAUGAAGCGUAGUCUGCGCCAAAUGUCUGCGGCAGUGGGUACUGCAAGAAUAAUGGCGCGAGCCUGCCGUUGCAACAAGUUGUAUAGUAAAAGUAAUGCAAAGGUAACUGUGAAGUUAAUUGAUGGGAAGGC